AAAUCUGCAGUAGGAUACAAAUUCAUCAGAAAAUCUGCAAUAAAUACGUUUUAUAAAUAAGAUUAUUGAAAUCUAAAUUGAAUAGCAAAAAAAAUAUAAAAAAAAAUAUGAGUAAAUUCUUAAAUACUAAAUACACAGUAUUAAUUUAAGAGCCGUGUAUUCCAAAUAAGUUAUAUUUUCUUAAGAGAAGAAUACCUUAAAUAUGUCCGAUAAGGAUUUAACUUUGGGGCAGCGGGUGAUGGUCGUCGUUAAAGACGUGAAAGGCACAGUUGCUUAUGUUGGAUACCCAACAUUCGCCACGGGGAAAUGGAUCGGCGUGAUCUUGGAUGAACCGAAGGGAAAAAACAACGGUACAGUCCGUGGUCACGCUUAUUUCACUUGCGAUGAGAAUUUCGGUGUCUUCGUCCGUCCUGCCCAAAUACAGCUGCUGGACGCCGAUGACAAUCCGAUGGAGACAUCCGUCACUACCCCCUCUGGGGACACCAAGACCGCUCUUGGUAGGAGAUUGAGCAGUUUAACAGUGGCCCAGAGGUCUAGACCGACCACCGUGCGACGCAAGGCGUCACCCGCGCAGCCGAAGGCGGGAUCUUUGUCAAUGUCGAGUUCUCGCACCUCGCUGGCGAGCAGUCGGCAAUCGUUGACGUCAUACGCUUCGCCAACAACCGAAAGGGCAUCUUCGCCUGAGGCGAAAAGAGCGUCUUUUGUCGAGACUGGUUUCGUCGAGACCCUGACUCCUCAGUACACACCAGGUCAGAGCAUAACGUCCCCACAGCCCGUUCCUUCGUCCGUGGAAGAUAAGUUGGCCAACCUUCAGGCCCAGCAAGAGAUAACCCAACUGAAAUCCGAAGUCGAAGACCUGAAAGAGAAACUGGAGACCGUCAAGGUUCGACGCGCCGAAGAUCGGGAGAAGCUGCGCGAGCUGGAGCGUCUGAGGCUGCAGCUGGAGCAGGCGAACGAGUUCAAGACCAAGAUCAUGGAGUCUCAAGCUCAGCUGCAGAGGGAUCUCCAGCGGGCGAAACAGGAGGUUCGCGAGGCCCAAGAAGCUCUAGAGGUCCACAACGACGAAACCGCCGAACUGUCGGAGGCGGCAGAGAUGGCGGCCCUCGACAAGGAGAUGGCGGAGGAGCGAGCCGAGGCCCUGCAGAUGGAGUUGGAGCAGUGCCGGGAGAAACUGGAGGAGGCCACUCUCGACCUGCAGCUGAUGAAGGCCGAGAUGGAAGCCGGCGGGAACAUUCAGCACCCGUACGCAGCCGCCGACAGCGGAGCCACGGGCUACGAGAUGAGGCAGCUACAGCAACAGAACAUCCGCCUCAGGGACACCCUGGUCAGGCUGAGGGAUCUAACCGCGCACGAUAAGCACGAAAUGCAGAAGAUGCAGAAGGAUCUAGAGCAUUACAAGUCUGAGAUCGCGGAACUGAGUCGAACCAAAGAGAAGCUGUCUGCUCGCGUCGAGGAACUGGAGGCGCAGGUCAGCGACCUCCGCGAGCAGGUGGACGCGGCUUUGGGAGCCGAAGAGAUGGUCGAGCAAUUGGCCGAGAAGAAGAUGGCCUUGGAAGAUCAGGUGGAACAGCUGAGGCAGGACGUGUCGGAGCUGGAGGCCCUUCAGGAAGUCCACGAGCAACUGGUCGAGUCGAACCGUGAGCUCGAGAUGGAUCUGCGCGAGGAGUUGGAGAUGGCUCACGCGGCCACCAGGGAGGCGAUGAGAGAGAGAGAGGCAGUGUUCGAGACGAUACUCGACCGCGACUCCACGAUCCUCAAGUUCAGAGAGCUGGUGCAGAGAAUGACCGAGCAGUACAACGAGUUGCGGAAUCAGCUGGAGAACAAACAGGAGUCGGAAUCGCUCCGCCCCCGGCCGGAGAGCGAGAGCAACGGGGAGGGAGGGGAGGCUCCCCCCCGCUCCCCCCCGGCCGAGCUCACGUCCCUGAUGGCGGCGUCGCGCGCCUGCACCCGCAGCGUGGACCUGCGCCUGCGGGCCCUCGACCUGGCGCAGGCGGGCGCCCGGGCCGACAUGCUGGCCGCCUGCCUCCCGGACCACUUCAUGCAGCCCUCAGGCGACCACGACGCCAUCCUUCUGAUACUGCUGCUACAGAGGCUGCACACGAAGGCGGAGAUCAUAUUAGGACCAAUCAGGGAGAGAUUCCCAGCGGUGAACGUGUGGGACCGCGAGGUGGUCACGAAGACUCACACCGCGGUCCAGUACAGCUUCAGGUGUCAACUCGAAUACCAGUUGCACAUGAUACAGGGUAUCGUCAGCAUGUGGAUAACGGCUCUGGAGACGUGCUCUCCGGAGGUCCUGCUGCGCUGCGCCAGCGCCCUGCCCGACGCCCUCCAGCAGGAGAAGAUGCUCGACGCCUACAUCCACUUCUUGAAGUACAACGAGCUGGACGAGAACUGCGCUCUGGACGGGCUGGAGCGUGCGUGGAGCUACCUGUCGGCGAUGUGGGGCGCGCUGGGGCUGCGCGACGGGCCGGCGCGGGAGCCGCUGCUGCACACCGUGGCCGCGCUGGACGCCCUGGCGCGCGCGCUCGCCGCCGACGCCUCCGCCCUCAAGCACAUACUGAAGGAGUCCGACAGGGAGUUGGAGCUGGGGUCGCUGCACGCGGACAUCUACGCGAGCGCCAACGCGCUGCAGCAGCAGCUCAAGGGCAUUAAGCGGCGCCUGCCUCCCGGGGCCAGUCUGCAGGCCGUCAACAUCGACCCGAAGCUGGUGGAGAGCCUCCGCGAGGAAUGCGGGCCGGUGCUGUGGCGCUGCAGUCGGGCGUGCUCGCUGGCGGCUCGGGCGGCGGCCACCGCGGCCGAGAGCGCGGGGGCGCAGGCCGAGGGCGCGCCGCUGCCCCACCAGGCCCUCGCCGCCAUAUGGACCAAGGCUGUCUACAAGCUCUACCAGCAGGACGACCACAGCGUGGUGAAGAUCAUCAAGCAAUCCUUGGCGCAGGUCACGGUGGACGUCAACAAACUGGCCGCGUUCGCUCAAGACAAGGAAUACGAUAUGAUGUCCUUAACCAACGUUGCCACUGAGAAGCCAACACCGCCGGUGGUCAUCAGAGCGCAGCUGGUGAAGAAGCAGCUCGAGGAAACCAAGAUCCUGACAAUAAAACUGGAGAACAAGGAAGCCGAUAUUAAAGAACUCCGGAAAGCUCUGAAGGCCAAGCAGGAGGAAGUCUCCGAGAUGCAGAUCCGGAAAGAGCUGGGCGAGAGGAAGCUGACGACGGCGGCCAGGGACGCGGAGCUGCGCUCUCAGCAGCUGCAGAGGAAGCUGGAGGACGCUCAGAAUCAAUUGAGAAGGAAAGAGAAAGAGUACGAGGAAACCAUGGAUCAUCUUCAACACGAUAUAGAUUCGCUGGAGAACGAACGUGGCGCUCUGAGGGAUAAGCUGAAGCUUUACGCCAAGAGGGGCGGCGGACAUCACGCCGUGGCGCCGCCUGUCGCUCCGACCAGAGACUAUUCACCUGUCGCGGCUCCGGCGGCCGCCUCCCAAGAGAUAACCCAGGAGGCACCCUUGAAGGUCGCCCCAGGAGUAGCCGCCGGCGAAGUCAACGAAGCCCUACAGCAUCAGCUGAAGGUCCUCAGCUGGACUGUGGAGAGGGAGAGGGCCGCUCGUAUAACCGCGUGCCGCAAGGCUGAGAUACAGACCCUGAGGAGGCUGAGACCUCUAGAGCAUCCGACGGCACCGGGAGCCGUGGCCAGGAGACAGGUCGCCAGCCAACUCGAGAAGGAGCUAAACGAAUUGCAAACUGAGUGGACGUUGUUCGUGGCCCGGUCUGGUCUGGUGCAGUUCCCGUCGGAGCCGGGGAAGUACGCCCGCGCCCUUCAGAUACACCGCGAGAAGCAGCGGGAGACGAAACAGCGUCUGGAGGAGCGCCUGUCGGCCCUGCAGGCGGAGGCGCGUCGCCAGCUGUUGCUGCACCGGCCUUGGAGGUGCGUGGAGGCGGACCUCGCGGAGUUCCCGGCGCCGGACCUCGCCGCGGCGAUCGCGCCCAAGACGGUGGACAUCGGAACGAUAAAAUUCCCUGCAUCGGACCAGGGGCCCAACGACGACACGAUAUACGUCACGCCGAGCCAGCUGUCCGCGCUGCGAGAUCUGGUGGCUGAAUUGCAGUCAGACGACAUCAAACUCGAACUCACGACCCUCGAGCCGACGGUCUGCGCGGCCUGACUCACUCGACAGGCGAGAAAUAUAUAUAUCACUUUGAAAACAAUAUAACUUAUAUUGGCUGUAUAGAUAAUUAAGUAUAAUAUAUAGAUUAUAUAAUCGUUCACUCAAAUAAUUCAUUCGUUCACUAAUGAUUGAAUUAAUCCUUUUGACUGUUAUGUAGGUCACGGAUGCCCUACGCGGCGCAUUGAAAUAAUUAUAUAUUUU